UUUCAACAUCAUCAUGGCAGAAGUCGCAGCAGGACUCGUAGUCGCAGAAGAGGUGGUCUCGACCACCGUUCAGGCUGGUGCAGCCACAUACGCCGUGGCAAAGCCAACGAUGCCGCUAAAGGCGACCUUCACCCAAAUCGCUGCCGCCAAGGACGAAGAAACAAGACAAGUCUUGACUCGCUCCGAUCACUCCGUCACGAUCAUCAAGGACAAAGCCUACAUCUUCGGCGGCAUCACCACAGACGGCAAACUCGCCAGCAACGAGAUCCACAGCGUGGACUUCUCAUCAAACGAAACACCUUCAUCAGCAGAGUACAUCCUUCUUCCGGCUGUUCCCGACAUCAAAGACCAACCCGUACCCUCCGCACGAACCAAACAUGCCGCCUGUCACUUCAAUGUCUGCCUCGCAGUCUUCGGCGGGCAAGACACUUCUGGCGCGCUUGUUGACCAAGAUCCCGUCAUCUGGCUCUACGUGACUGGAAAGUCUGCUUGGGAAACCAUCCGCUCCCAGGACUCUUCCGUCGCGCCAGUGCAACGAUACGGAGCGAGUCUCUUCAAUGCCUCCAACAAUCUCGUUCUAUACGGCGGCUUCGACAAGGACGACCAACCACUGAAAGAUGUCUGGCACUUCUCCUACACAUCCAGAUCUUGGACUCCCCUCCCCAGUGCGCCCGUCGAUACUUCCAACGCCGCGUAUUCCGACGGCUCUCUAUACCUCAUCUCUUCCGCCGACACCAUGAGCUCAGAAGUUCACGCCCUUGAUAUAUCCAACCCAGAAAAGCCUGGUUCAUGGACGACCACAACCUUCCCAACCAACCCUCUCGCCCCGGGUCCUCGUCCGCGCGUGGGAGGUGGACUUCUCCCAAUCUCGACCGGCUAUGGACGAAACUACCUCCUCUACUUCUUCGGCGCAAGACAGAACCCUGCAACCAACGAGACCUCCGACCCAGAAGAGACGAGUGCACCAACUCAAUGGUCUGACGCCUGGACUUACCAAGCUCCAUCGACCAAACCCGCCGUGAGACCUACUCGUUCCAUCUCCGAAGCGCUGAAGCCGUCGGCUAUCAAGGACGCCAUCAGAGAGAAGCUGGGCUACGACAGUGGAGAGAAGAGUUGGUGUGAAGUAGAAGUCAAACUGCCGGAGAUUCUCGGUGAAGGCGAUGGGCAAGGGAAGAUUCACCCGGGACCGAGAAUGCAUUUCGGAUGUGACUUUGUUGGCAAUGAGGUGGCGGGUGCGAAGGUGGUUAUUUGGGGCGGUGUGAAUGCUAAGGGAGACAGGGAGGGGGAUGGAUGGGUGAUUUCUUUGGAAUGAG